ACUGCUGCCUUCUCCCCCCACCAUGGCUGCCAUGUGGUCUCCAAUCAUCGCUCUCCUCCUGCUCCUGCUCCCACUCGUGCCAUCCUCCUCCUCCGUCAUCACCCUCCCGCUCCAUGGCAACGUCUACCCUGUCGGCCACUACUAUGUAACGAUGAAGAUUGGUAAACAUCCGAAGCCCUACUUCCUGGACAUCGACACCGGCAGCAACCUCACCUGGCUGGAGUGUCACCACCCGCAACUCGGCUGCCAGCACUGCACCCGGCAUCUAAAACACCCACAUUACUCGCCACAACUUAGCAACUUGAAGAUGGAAUGUCAACACAAGUACUGUGAUGCACUACGGAAAGACCUGGCAGGUAAUAACCCUCAAUGCCCACAUCAGAAGCCACAUCAAUGCCACUACCAAAUUCAAUACCUUGAUGGGACGACAGACGGUGUCAUCUCCAUUGACACGAUCUCUCUCAGGGGAAAUGAAAAAUCCAGUUUCAUUGCCUUCGGAUGUGGAUACAACCAGCUACCACAGAAAGAAACAUCGCCCGUAGAUGGCAUCCUUGGUCUUGGGAUGGGAACGGUAGGUUUUGUCCCACAACUCAUGCUGAACAAGAUGAUCACCAAGAACAUCAUUGGGCAUUGCCUUGGCAAGGAUGGAGGGGGCUACCUCUCCUUUGGGGAGCAGUUUGACCUGGAAGGCAUAACCUGGGCACCCAUGAGAAAAUACGAACUUUUCUACUCACCUGGUCAAGCAACACUACACCUGAAUGGACAGCAGAUAUACAAGCAUGGAGUGAAUGCUGUCUUUGACAGUGGUACCUGCUACACCUACAUACCUGCCCGGAUAUACAAUCCCUUUGUUCAUACGGUGCAAGAUAUGAUCGGCAGUUCACAUAGGGAGGUGCAUGAUGAUGACCUGCCACAGUGCUGGAAAUUCAAAUCUAUUGACGAGGUUAAGAGGUUGUUCAAGCCACUUUCAUUGCAGUUUCACAACAAAAUUGCCAUGCAUAUCCCUGCUAUGAACUACCUCAUCCACACGAGAAGCAAUAAUUGGUGCUUGGCCAUCCUCAACGGAACGCAGAUCCCUGAUGGAGACCGACGGAUCUUAAUUGGAGACGCUACAAUGCGGGAUAUGCUUGUGAUAUACGACAAUCAGCAUGGUAUGCUGGGAUGGGUUAACAACCAACAGUGCACCAGGCCUCAUCCUGCUUCGCGUCUCUGA